AUGGGGAUCAAGGCGGAGGGAAAGCUCAGGUGCCCGUCGUCGGUGGCCGCCGCGGCGCGGUCAAGCUUGAAGCUGUGGAUGCUGCGGGCCACCACGACGGUGUUGCUCUGGACGUGCGUCGUGCAGUUCACGGCGGUAGGGAACUCCUGGACCUGGGGGCCUCGCGUGCUCAAGGGAUGGCCGUCGUGCCGGACGGCGCGGGAGGCGGCCGCGGUCACCACCACGCGGCUUGCGAUGCCGGAGCCCGUCGUGGAGAGGGCCGCGCUGCCACCUAAGAGAAUUUAUCGAAACAAUGGUUAUUUGAUGGUUUCAUGCAAUGGUGGGCUUAACCAAAUGCGAGCUGCUAUAUGUGAUAUGGUUGUCAUUGCAAGAUCUUUGAAUGUGACUUUAAUAGUUCCUGAGUUGGAUAAAACAUCGUUUUGGAAUGAUCCAAGUGAAUUUCAGGAUAUAUUUGAUGUUGAACAUUUUAUAACCUCUCUUAGAGAUGAGAUUCUACCUCUGAUUCGGAAAUACAAGGUACUCCAUCUUAAUAGAACUGAUGCUAGGCUUGCUAAUAAUGGUCUGCCUCUGGAGAUACAGAGACUGCGUUGCCGGGUGAAUUAUUCUGCACUGAAAUUUACAUCCCAGAUUGAAGAGUUAGGGAGGAGAGUAAUUAGAAUGCUUCGCCAAAAUGGCCCCUUCUUAGUUCUUCAUUUACGAUAUGAGAUGGAUAUGCUUGCCUUCUCUGGCUGUACUCAAGGUUGCACUCCUAAAGAAACCGAGGAGCUUACUAGGAUGAGGUAUGCUUACCCAUGGUGGAAAGAGAAAGUAAUAAACUCUUUUGUGAAAAGAAAAUAUGGCCUUUGCCCUUUGACGCCAGAGGAGGUUGCUCAUGUUCUUAAAGCAUUGGAUAUUGACAAAAAUAUGCAAAUCUAUAUCGCAGCUGGGGAAAUAUAUGGCGGAAAACGCAGAAUGGCUUCUCUUACCUCGGCUUACCCUAAUGUGGUGAGAAAGGAGACACUUCUGGAACCUUCUGAUCUCAUGUUCUUUCAGAACCAUUCAUCACAAAUGGCUGCACUGGAUUACUUGGUAUCACUGGAAAGUGAUAUAUUUGUUCCCACAUAUGAUGGCAACAUGGCUAAAGUUGUCGAAGGGCACCGAAGGUACAUGGGCUUCAAGAAAACAAUCCUGUUGGAUAGAAAAUUUAUAGUCGAGCUGGUAGAUCAGUAUACCAGUGGAUCUUUGCGGUGGGAUGAGUUCGCUUCAUUGAUCAAGGUUGUCCAUUCCAACCGUAUGGGAUCAGCAACCACCAGGGCAGCGAUCCCUGACAGGCCCAAGGAAGAGGACUACUUCUAUGCCAAUCCUCAAGAAUGCUUGCAAGGUCCCAAUAUGUUGCAAACAUUGUGA